AUGAAUGAUGAAUAUGUUGCACCAAGUUCGCCAGCUGCUUACCUUAUGUGGCACAUCUUAAAAAAAGGGUUCCAGGCAGGCGGUGUGGUUGGUGUCGCUGCUGUAAUUCCAGCACUGUUCAUCCUUAAGAAAGUACGCGAACCUGUGUCCUUGCUCCACGCAAUGGGAUACAGCACGUUAACGGUUACUGCGGCUUCAGCCACUCUGGGCGCUGUCAAGUUCACAAAGAUCGACCAGGCGGGUUUCGAAGACCGAGCCUACAGGCUGCACUACAACGUUAAUCAGAAUCGGACGGACGACUUUUCGGCGGUAGGGGCCUUGGUGGGUCUUGCAGCGGCGGCGGUGCUGGUGCCACGUGGCGGCGGCGGGUCCGCUGGAAUGUACGGCAUGGCGCUAUUGGGUGGAUCGGCGGUGGGCUGUGCUGCGGGUGUGGCAAUGCACGUGGCCACCGCACCCAAGGAGAUGAAGCACCCGAAUAAGGCCCUUCAUGAACUUAAGCGCAAUGAUUAA